UCUUGUGAAAAGUGAAUUUAUUUGACCACUUCUGCUGCCUGUAUUUUGGGGGAGAACAAGGGGAACUAUACUGGGUCAUACUAGGAAUGCAUAUAAAAAUGUUUUGAGAUCAUCACUUCUCUGUGAAGCUCGAAUGUAGCUACCUCACUCCCUCACUCCCAUCUAACUCCUGCUCUGUUACAUUUAAGAAUCUCAUUUGGUCUUCACAGCUGCUUUCACUAUGACAGCGUUUGACUUCUCGGAUAUAGAGGCGUUUUUGGAUUGCCACCCGGAUCUGUUCGAGGAGUAUCUCGUUCGGAAAGCCAAAUGUGACCAGGUUAGCAGGUGGUUGAAGGAGCAUCAGCCGUCGAAAGUGUCCUCUGUCGAGGAGAAGCGGGGCGCUGCUAUGGACCCACUGUGGCCGACCAGUGCUGACGGACUCCGGCGCAGAUCGUCCCACAUGGAGCUGCGACGGAACUUUGCUCGGUCCAAAGCCACCACUGCACACUGGACAUACGACGAGCAUGUGAGCUUGAGCGAACACGAGUCCCAGUCCAGCAUGAGGCGCCGUGCGCUCCUGCGUAAAGCCAGUUCACUGCCUCCGACUACCGCGCACAUCCUGAGCGCCCUGCUGGAGUCCAGGGUCAAUGUGCCUCAGUACGCAUCCAGCGCCAUUGACUAUAAAUACAGACUUAAAGAAACCAACGAGAGGGAGUUUUUCUUAGAGCUCGUGAAAGAUAUCUCCAACGAGUUGGACUUAACAAAUCUGAGUUAUAAGAUCCUGAUCAAUGUCUGCAUUCUUGUGGACGCAGACAGGUGUUCGCUUUUCCUCGUUGAAGGACCCCCUCACAAGAGGACUCUGGUUUCCAAGUUCUUUGAUGUGCACUCAGGCACCACAGUCAGACCAUCAUCUAGCACUCUUAACUCCAAUGAAGUGCAAGUGCCAUGGGGGAAAGGUAUCAUUGGAUAUGUGGCAGAGCACGGGGAGACUGUAAACAUCUCAAACGCAUAUGAGGAUCACCGCUUCAGUGAUGAGAUUGACAAGCUGACCGGGUACAAGACUCAGUCCAUCCUCUGUAUGGCCAUCUGCAACAGUGAUGGAGAAGUCAUAGGUGUUGUACAAGCUAUUAACAAAAAUCCAAUCGGCACCCCAUUUACUGAGGAUGACGAGAAGGUGCUGCAGAUGUAUCUACCAUUCUGUGGAAUAUCGAUUUCCAAUGCGAAGUUGUUUUCAGAGUCUCGCAAGGAGUAUGAAAGGAGCAGGGCUUUGCUGGAGGUGGUCAAUGACCUGUUUGAGGAACAGACCGACCUGGAAAAGAUUGUCAGGAAGAUCAUGCAGCGAGCGCUGACUCUGCUGCAGUGUGAACGUUGCUCUGUGCUCCUUCUGGAGGACAUUGACUCACCUGUUGUGAAGUUCUCAAAGACAUUUGAACUCAUGUCUCCUUUGUGCAAUGUGGACCGUGACAUCAGUGCCCACAUCAGCAUGGAGAAGUUAUCCUGUUCUGACUGGCUAAUCAAUAACAGUAUUGCUGAGCUGGUGGCUUCAACAGGACUGCCUGUUAACAUCAGUGAUGUGUGCCAGGACCCACGCUUUGAUGCUGAGGCAGAUCAAGCUUCAGGGUUUCAUAUCAGAUCAGUGUUAUGUGUUCCUAUCUGGAAUCGAACUCAUCAGAUAAUUGGGGUUGCACAAAUUCUGAACCGCCUGGACAGGAAGACCUUCGAUGAUGCAGAUCAGAGGCUAUUUGAGGCAUUUGUGAUAUUCUGUGGCCUUGGAAUCAACAACACAAUGAUGUACAAUCAAGUUAAGAAGACAUGGGCUAAACAGUCUGUAGCACUGGAUAUGUUGUCCUAUCACGCUACCUGCUCCAAGGUGGAAGUUGACAGACUGAAGGCUGCCAAGAUCCCCCUGAGCAGUGAGUUAGGCAUUGAUGAGUUUCACUUCAACGACUUUUCAUUGGACAACGACGCCAUGAUCACGGCUUCUCUCAGGAUGUUUCUGGAACUUGGUGUUGUCCAAAAGUUUAAAAUUGACUAUGAGGUUUUGUGCCGCUGGCUUCUGACUGUGAGGAAGAACUAUCGAACUGUGGCAUACCAUAACUGGAGGCAUGCUUUCAAUGUGUCGCAGUGCAUGUUCGUUAUGAUCACGACAGCAAGUUUCCAGGAUGUUCUGUCAGAUGCAGAGAUAUUGGCACUGAUGGUUGGCUGUUUGUGCCAUGACUUAGACCACAGAGGCACCAACAAUGCAUUUCAAGCUAAGACAGGUUCUGCUCUGGCCCUGCUUUACGGGACAUCAGCCACCCUGGAGCAUCAUCACUUCAACCAUGCAGUUAUGAUCCUGCAAAGUGAGGGUCACAAUAUCUUUGCAAACCUAAGCUCUAAAGAGUACAGCAACAUGAUGCAACUAUUGAAGCAGGCUAUUCUCUCCACAGACCUUACUUUGCACUUUGAGCGCAGAACCAAGUUUUUUGAAUAUGUUCUGUCUGGAGAGUUCAGCUGGACUGAUGAAGGACACAGAGAAGUUCUUAGGUCUAUGUUGAUGACAGCAUGUGAUCUGGGUGCAGUCACUCGUCCCUGGAAGAUAUCUAAACAGGUUGCAGAGCUGGUUACAAGUGAAUUCUUCGAACAAGGUGAUAGGGAGAGGUCAGAGCUUAAGUUAAUCCCAGCAGCAAUCUUUGACCGCAAUCGCAAAGAUGAACUACCUGCCUUACAACUUGAAUGGAUUGAUGGGAUCUGUAAACCUCUUUACCAGGCACUGCUGAAACUCAACAGAAAGUUACAGCCAAUGAUGGAUGGCAUCGAUGCCAAUCGAAAGAAAUGGCAGGAUCUCUGCUCAUCCUAUCAGCAGACAUGCAGAGCUUCGGUGUCUAAUCAGAGUACAGAAUCAGGUCAGAACACCGAGUCAGGUGAAGAAGAUGGAGAAAACAAUGAAAACCUAGAGUCUAGAGAAACUGUGAAGCCAGCCGAAAACUCACUGUUUGGGUCAAAGUGCAGUUAGGAUCAAAGAUGCAGAGAAAACAAGGAGGUGGAAACAUAGCAUCUGCAGGAAAGAAGUAAAAUAAGCUAAGUGUUUGGCAAGCUUUGCAUUAAGUUGAAAACAUUCAAAUGUCCUCUGAUUUGAUGAGAAAUGCACUAAACACUAUUGGUAAAUGAAAUGCAGCUUUCAUCUGCUAGGUGUCCCAAGCACUACGUUAAACUCAGGACUGAGCUUUAUCCCUACUGGUCAGACUCCCUCAGACCUAUGUAUCUGAGAGCCUGUCAUGGGAUGAAUGAGAAUUGAAUAAGAAUGAAGGAUGAAUAAGAAACCAAAUAAGGUCUCUUAAUAUUAUAAUAUUUUUAAUGGGAACUGUGUUAGAAAUCCCAAAACUAUUGGAAUGCCUUUACAAAACAAAAAAGAAUCACUGUGACAAAUCAUAUAAAUUGCCAUUAGGAAUGUUUACUGGAGCAUGAUUGUGUUCUGGAUAAGGCUGUGGUACCUCAGUUGCAAGUCUUUGGCUAUAUGGUGUAAUUUUCAGUAUUUGUGGGUUAAUUGAACUGUUUGGCCAGCCGCUUGUUGUGUGCAAUACGUGUAUUUUCUGGGGGAAAACAGGCAGAUAUGCGUCAAGAGGUCAGGGUUAAAAUUUUAAGUCUGCUGGCUUGUUGUAUGCGCGUGUCUCUGUCUCUGUGUGAGUCUGUGUUAUAUCAUGGUUAGGUAGUUAUUUAAUGGGUCUUAAAAUAAUUUAUUGCAGCGGGAUAGUUUAAUUUCCAGACUCAUAAAAUGUUUAAUGAAUGCUCACUUGAUUGAGAAAAAUACAUGAAUGCCUAGUAAGUCCAUGUCCAUGUGUUCAGUUCAGUGUUAGAUCUACUUUCUCUUUACAUGUACCCCAACUGUAAGCUACUAAUUUUAUUGUUUACUGUCUUUAAACUACACACAGUGGGAUGAGUUUGUCUUACUCUCGCUAAAAAAGAAGACUUCUCAGUGCCCGUACUAUGGCCUUUACAAGAUUUCGGUGUUGUACAUAUAAAAUAUGGAAAAAUAUCCAACUGGAAGUUUCAUAAAGCAGAUUGUGUACAUACAGUAUAUACAGUGCCAUGAAAAGUAUUUUCCCCCUUACUGAUUUCUAAGCUUUAUGUCUUUUUGUCACACUUACAUGCUUCAGAUAAUCAAAGAAAUGCUAAAUGAUGACUUCAUUUAUUAAGGAAAAAAGCUAGCCAAACCUAAUCUAUGUGAAGUCAUGGCUUACCUCAUUGAAAAUGAGGAAAAUGAAAAUCAUGAAAAUAAUUUGAUUAACCGCGUUUUCAUAUAAAAGAAAAAAACUGAGUUCAGUUUCAUGAGCUAAACCCAGAACUGAUUACUACCAGACCUGGUGAAUCAAGGAAUCACUUAAAUGGAACCUAUUUGACAAAGUGAAGUAGGUUAAAACAGCGGUCCCCAACCUUUUUUGCGCCACGGACCGGUUUAUGCCUGACAAUAUUUUCACGGACAGGCCUUUAAGGUGUCGCGGAUAAA